ACAAUUUCACAGUGCGCAGUUCAUCCACAGCGUGGUGAGUGGCUGUUCAGCAAGGUGUAUCACAGAAUUUUAGCAUCAUUCAUAAAAUAUUCAAGUCUGGCAUAUUUAUAUUGGGAGAAUUGAUACAAUAAUGCAGCCAGAAGUCGUGGUCAAAAAAUUGUCUCCUGAUGAACUGAGGAGGCAUGGUUAUAUUUUGAAGUUGUGCAGUAAUACAUCAGAGAGUCAGUAUGAAUUUAUUAAGGAAAAUUCUGCACCAGAAUCACAGAAACAAUUACACGAAAAUGAAGUUCCACAUUUUCCCUCAUGGACAGAAGGAAGUAUUGUAUGGGGAAGAACACUAAAUUCUCCCUGGUGGCCUGCAGUUGUCUGUACACCUGCUGUCAUGCAAGAGAGUAAUAUUCCAGGAUGUGCUUGGCUGCAGUGGGCAUGUGAAUCAACCUUUGAUGUGGUCUGUAAUGUAAACGUAAUGAACUUCAAAGAAGAAUACUCAAAAUGCUUUAAUAAUAAAUUUAAUCAAAAGGGGUAUAAAAAGGCUGUAUUAUCAAAUAUUAAGGCUAUAGCAAGAAAGUCUGGCAUUGAUGUGGAAAACUGGACAAGACAACGACUUAUGAAGUGGGCCUCUAAUGGCUUUAAGCAUCAAGUUAAAGAUGGGGUGCAUUCAAGAUGUAUAUACAAUACUAGAAGUAAGAAGUUUUAUAAUUGUAAUGAUAAUAAAUGGACUGGUGAUCUCAAAACUGAUGUCGAAAACCACAAACUCUUCAGUUCCCAAACUCAAAAAUGUCAAUUUGACCAAGAGGAAAAAUGAAAUGAAGCCCAAAAGAAGAGAAUGAAAAAAAUAUGAGCAAGAAGGAGGGCAAAUACACACCUCUAAGUACUCAGCAUAAUCCUAAAGACAUUAUUCACAAAUGAUAAUAAUUAAUGUUAACUGAUAAAGAGACAGAAAAAUAAUUUUGUGAAAAUUUAUCUGUAAGAAGAAUGUAGUGGAUAUCAUUAUACAGUAGUAUUGUUUGAGAUAUAGCUAUUAAUGAUAAUUUUUUUAUAAACUAAGAGAGCAACAGAAAGUAUUAUUGCAAAUGUGAUAGUAUUGUAUAUUUUUCAGUUUAAUUGUUCUUCAUUGGCAACUUAAAGAAAAAAAAUAUUACAUCUAGAGUUUAGUGGUAGCUUUUCACUGGUACAAAAUUAAAUUUAUGGCAAGAAAUGCUUCCAAAAAAUCUCAUCUGUUAUGAAGGCACCAAGAGAAUUGUUAACUGAAUAUGAGUUGAGAGUGGUGAUGUCCAUAUUUCUUAGGAGAACAGUAGCAUAACUCUUUGACUGCUGGCAGUAUGUGAACUAUGGUGUUUCUUUGAAAGCCAGCCAUUUUUAGGGAUUUUUGAUAUUUUUUAUUGUGUAACUAACAAACAUUUAACUAGGAUAUUU